GCCUGCGCCUCUCCCCUGAACGGAAUCCACAUCCCCCCUUUUGAUCACUGUCUGGCAUCCAAGUUCCAGGUGUGUGCAGCAGCCCAACUCAUUCCCAGCGAGCCAAACGAAGUAUCCAAUUCGGAAUCCCUUCACCAGUUCACCUCAACCCAAAUUGCUUCUCUUCCUUCCUUUCUGCUUUGCCCUGUGAAUUCUUUCCGUUUGCCUCCUUCCCCCCCACACAAUUUCAAACUCCAUCCCCCUUCACCCUCCUCCUCCUCAUCCUCCCUCCUCCGCCCCUUAUCUCAUCUUCUUCCCUUCGUCCAACGUUUCUCUCGCGCAGUACCUACAAUAAACUUGGGUUUUACUGUCAUUGUCUUCGAUAUCCGUGGGGGCAUACAACACACACACAUACACACACACACACUGACCAACCAACCAAAUUAUCCAGCCCGGCGGCGCCAGAUUGUCUCACCACCCCAGUCCACGUCCCACGUCCGUCCGCACCAAGCCUCGAGGCCUAAGAGAGGGGGCGUCUUUUGCGGGGUUCCUCCAACGAGCGAGCGAACGAGCGUCUUUGUACGCAACCUCGAACCUCCACCAACAAAUCACGACCCUAGAGCGACCGACCGACCGGCACUCCUUCUCGUCGUCGACCGUCUCGUCUCUCCUCUGCCUACCUCGCUUGACGCUUGACCUCUUCAUUACUUAUCCAUCUUCUACCUUUGCUUUACUGCUCACCGGAACUUCCUAGAGCGACCGACUCACCUCCCCUGGUCGUCGUCGUCAUUCUCGACACUUCCCGACUCCUCGUCGUCUCCUGAACCGACCGACCGACCGGCCAUAUUCCCUUCAACCCACCGCCGAUUCGCCCCCGUCGUGUAUCCGGUCUAACUCCAUCCUCAAAAUGUCGUGGAAGUUGACGAAGAAACUCAAGGAGACCCAUCUGGGUCCGUUGGCCAACACCUUCUCCCGUUCGCCGUCGACGUCUACCAUCACCGACAGCAGCGAAAAGGCCCAGCCCAACAUCUCUGGCUCGGCCUCACCCAUCAACGAGGGAAACAUCGCUGCCUCUGAGGCCAUGGCACAAGCACCAGUUGUCAACCCCCCGAAGCCCGGCAUCCUCGUCGUCACCCUUCACGAGGGUCACGGCUUCUCCCUCCCCGAACAACACAGACAAGCCUUUGCUUCUUCACACCAAGGUUCGCUGUCCACCGGCGGCGCCCUCAGCGUCGCCGGCUCCGUCCGCCCUUCUUCCUCACAACGGGGCGCCGUCGGCUCCUUCAUCAACGGUGCCGCCCGCCCCCAGACUUCCGGCGGCGGCUUCACCGGUAUCCCAACCAACCAUGGCCGUAUCUCCGGAAAGUACAUGCCCUACGCCCUGCUGGACUUCGACAAGAUGCAGGUCUUUGUCAACUCGGUCGAAGGAACGCCAGAGAACCCUCUCUGGGCCGGAGGAAACACCCAGUACAAGUUCGACGUCUCUCGCGUGACGGAGCUCGUCAUCCACCUCUACAUGCGCAACCCCCUGGCCCCUCCCGGCUCGGGCCGCAGCCAAGACAUAUUCCUCGGCGUCGCCCGCAUCAACCCGCGCUUCGAGGAGAAGCACCAGUUCGUUGAGGACCCCAAGGCAAACAAAAAGGACCGCGAGAAGGCCGCCGCCGAGUUCGCCAGUCGCGAGCGCGCCCUCGGCCACAGCGGAGUCGAGUGGGUGGACGUGCAGUACGGCACUGGAAAGGUCAAAAUUGGCGUCGAGUACGUCGAGAACCGCGCCGGCAAGCUCAAGAUUGAGGACUUUGAGCUGCUCAAGGUCGUCGGCAAGGGCAGCUUCGGCAAGGUGAUGCAGGUGCGCAAGAAGGACACGAACCGGAUCUACGCGCUCAAGACGAUCCGCAAGGCGCACAUCAUCUCGCGCUCCGAAGUCGCUCACACCCUCGCCGAGCGCUCCGUACUGGCCCAGAUCAACAACCCCUUCAUCGUGCCCCUCAAGUUUACCUUCCAGUCGCCCGAGAAGCUCUACUUCGUGCUGGCCUUUGUCAACGGAGGCGAGCUGUUCCACCAUCUCCAGAAGGAGCAGAGAUUCGACGUUAACCGCUCCCGAUUCUACACGGCCGAACUGCUGUGCGCCCUCGAGUGCCUCCACGGCUUCAACGUCAUCUACCGAGACCUUAAGCCCGAGAACAUUCUUCUCGACUAUCAGGGCCACAUCGCCCUGUGCGACUUUGGCCUUUGCAAGCUGGACAUGAAGGACGAGGACAGGACUAACACGUUCUGCGGUACGCCCGAAUAUCUCGCUCCCGAGCUCCUCAUGGGCCAGGGCUACAACAAGACUGUCGAUUGGUGGACGCUGGGUGUCCUGCUGUACGAGAUGUUGACGGGUCUGCCGCCCUUCUACGACGAGAACACGAACGAGAUGUACCGCAAGAUCCUCUCGGAGCCGCUCCACUUCCCCGGCCACGACGUCGUCCCGCCGGCGGCCAAGGACCUCCUGACCAAGUUGCUCAACCGUGAUCCCAAGGAGCGUCUCGGAGCCAACGGAUCGGCUGAGAUCAAGGCGCACCCUUUCUUCCAUGCCAUUGACUGGCGCAAGCUUCUGCAGCGCAAGUACGAGCCUGCAUUCAAGCCCAAUGUGGUGGACGCGCUCGACACGGCCAACUUCGACCCCGAGUUCACGUCAGAAGCCCCCCAGGACUCGUACGUGGAGGGACCGAUGCUCUCGCAGACGAUGCAGAAUCAAUUCCAGGGCUUCUCGUACAACCGCCCGAUCGCGGGACUGGGCGAUGCUGGUGGCAGUGUCAAGGACCCUUCCUUCGUGGGCAGCAUCCAGGACCGAUGAGGGGACUUUGAACAGGGUUUGCGGCUGGGUCGGCAGUUUUAGGCCGGCUCCCUUAGACAGCGAAGCAUGAGAUUUGUGUGCACGGGGCGAGGUGGACUUUGUGAAUCAGGGUUCGCCUCGAGUUUUUUACAGCAAGGCGACUCGACACGGAUCUUGAGGUCGCUCUCGGUGGAAACGCGCGCGCGCACGCGCGCAAAAGAAACAGCUUUGCGUCUUCCUUCGUCUUUGUACGGCGUUCUGGGACGGGCAUGAUGACGCCUUUGGGGAAAAGGAAAUGUAGAUAGGCACAGAUCAUUGAGCAGGCAAGACAGAGGAAUUAGCUCAGCAUUCGUCAUGGGCAUUCAACUGGUUUCAA